GAACAUUUCAAGUUAAACUUCAAGACACACCCUACUCUGACUCAGUUUACUGCUUCCACCAGACACAGCCAUAUCCAGGCUCAGCCCUCUGCGCUGGUUUCCGCUGCUGUCAGCGCUUGGAAGUAUGGUCGCGGGGCAUCCACCACAUCCACCAUGUUGAAGACCGCCAUACCUCGGCGUCCUCUUCUUCCACUUUCACACGUACAACGGCGAUGGGCAACGCAGCCCACGCACCAGCCAUUCCCUCCAGACAUCCCGGAAUGGUCACACCCUCCUUCCAAUGCGGCUGUGUCGGACGAGGAGAUCUUCCGGCUUGCUGCGAAACCUCGGCGGCCCUUGACGCUCGCUGAUCUGGUUAGACAUGGCAAGCCUCCCUUACGCGAUGCCGAUCUCCUGUCAUCGGCCAACUUCACCGUCUCACUCCUCCCGGCGCGACUGGCGCACCGGAUCCAAGCGCUUCGAAACCUCCCAUUCAUCGUGGUCGCCAACCCCAAUGUGUCCCAAAUAUACAACAACUACCUCCACUCCCUGGCGACGCUGGCACCCUUCUACAAAAAACCGAUCGAGACGAUCGACGAAGAGAUGAAAUUCACAGAGGCCAUGGCUGACCUGGUGCGGACGCAUUCCAACACCAUCCCGACCCUGGCAAAAGGGUUUCUCCAGUGUCGGAAGUACAUCGACCCAGCCGAAGUAACGCGAUUUCUCGACCAGCACCUGCGGGCGCGGAUUGGAACCAGAUUGGUGGCAGAACAACAUCUCGCCCUACACAUGGCUUCCACGGGCGAGGCGGCCAAGCAGCCACCUGACCCGAACCACGUGGGCGUGAUUGACCUGGCCCUGCGACCGGCCGACAUUGUGCGUCGCUGUGAAGAGUUUGUAUCCGAGGUGUGUGAGUUGAACUACGGCGUACGACCCACAUUAGUCAUCAACGGCGACAAGGAUGCCGAAUUCGCCCACAUCCCCAUGCACCUGGAGUAUAUCAUCACAGAACUCCUAAAGAACGCAUUUCGAGCCACCCUCGAGGCAGGGAAUGAGCGCGAGCCGGUCGAAGUUACAAUCGCCUCGGCCCCGGAAGUGUCGACGACAAAACUACAAGCGUUGCGCCGGUUGUCGGUAAAUGAAGAAAACUCGUACGAUUUCUCCCAGGACGGUCUGGAAGAGUACUGUUCGUCCGCCGAGGACGCAGACAUUGGUCCACUCAAUUCGGCGGCCCCGUGCAUCACGUUGAGAAUCCGCGAUCGCGGCGGUGGCAUCCCGCCCGAAGCCUUACCAAGUAUCUGGUCUUACAGUUUUACUACUUUCAAUAAUGAAGAGGCUGCCGCUGCCGUCGACGACAACGGCACAGACGCCGGCCUCAACGCUAUUGCUAGUAGUGGUUCUGAUCAGAGCUCCAUUGCGGGGCUCGGCUACGGCUUGCCGCUGAGUCGUGCUUACGCCGAAUAUUUUGGUGGCGGCAUUUCCUUGCAGUCCAUGUACGGCUGGGGUACGGAUGUUUACCUGACCCUACAAGGAAUUGGAAAAGUUGAUGAGUUGAAGAAAGCUCCGACUGGGUUGGAUAAACUGAAUGAAGAGAUGGCCAACGAGGAGAAAAAAGACCAGAAAAAAGACCGUGCAGGAGUCAGCACUCCCUGAAGAUGUGAUGAUCCGGGUCGAGACCGAGGAAAUAGGACGCGACGAUCCUACCGUUCAGAAUCCAUGACGCCGUCCUAUUGCAGGGUACACUGGGCCGCAGAAGAGAGUCAGAUCGAAUUUCGCAUUUCAUCCACCCGACAAGCGCAGCGCGGGCUUCUUGACCCAGAUAUGACAUCUAUGUGUCUAUUCCACAAUUUUUACAAGAUGUCUUGGGUAUUCACCAACCCGACCAAAUGCAUACAUACCAUGAUGUGUCGACAUAUCUCAAGCAAAAGGAUCAUUCAUACACGCGCACGGAGGGGUAUUUUGGGAUGCUUGGAGCGAGGUGUCACUAUCUAUGGCAAUGGCAAACCUCAAUCUGAAACAGAACUGGUACUGCAACGCAGGGCAGACUGUCGCCCGUGUUUCUACACGAGCAAGAAUCUAUGGCUGCAAACAGGACUCAUGCGACUCCAGCUGACAUAACGACCCGCAAAACGAAGAGGCUAGCAGUAUGCCUUGGCCGAAAUCAACGGGUCCCCCUUCAUGUCCAACUUUGCAUUGCUAAAUCCUCCCCCGGCCCACAGCGCUUGAUUAUUAUCCCAUCCCGCUAGCGGAAGGACGCACGCAUAUCAUGCAGAAAUGUGGACACAGGACGGAGAGCAGAGGAGUUGAAGAUGUUGUCGUAUAUGCAAUAAUGAACAAUUUCGAUUGCGAUGAUGAAACUGAUUGGAUUUGACAUACUGUACAUGAUAACCCUGGUCAUUUCAAUCUUUGGCUGACGAGGCUCUCACAGAGGGUCAUAAGAUGGAAGCUGAAGCUGAAGCGGGCACGCACAUGCAAGGCACCAUUUGAGAUAUAUAUCUAUCGUACCUACCUACACGGCAAGAGAACAAGAGAAGAGACGCAGAAAGAGAACGGUCUCUCUAUCCUUAGGAGAGAAAUAUAUCAUUUAUCCCGUCACGAACAUGGUCGAUGGUCCAUGGACACACCACAACCACAAAAUGGCUACGUAGCUGGGCCACGAACAGAAACCAAAAUCUCCUUUUCAGGAUUGUUAUCCCACGAAAAGAGUGUCCUUUUGUCGACUUGCGCUGAAUGGGUCUCUUUCUCCCCCCUGAACUAAUGAGGGUUUAGCCCUUUUUGUCCUUGGGCUGCCCUACCGUCCCAGCUGUAUCUGUGUCUGGAUCCCGGUCUGUUGGUGCUCUGCUGCGGUUCUGGUUCUGCGCGGAUACUGGGAGCAGUGUCAGUGACCGUGGUAGGAUUUGAGACGCGAGUUGGCUGAGUCGACUGCCUAUGCCACUGCCACUGCCACUGCCAAUGCCGCGGGAGGAUGGUUCUUGUGCAGGUUGUGAAUAUACCGGAUCAUCAACAGGCGAGAUACUUCCCGUACCGGAUUUUGCGGCCGGUGGAGUUCUUGCAGCCGGUACGAUGUCAGAGGUUCGAGGUUGGCCGUAGGCUGGGUCGAUUAUUGUGCUGGUCGUGUUGGUGUUGGUGUUUCUUUUUCCCUCCACCUGCUGCCGGGAAUAAACAGGGUCGUCAGCAGGACUGAUUGUCCCAACACCAACACCCUUUCCUCUGGCAGCAGUUGUCUGGUCCGGCGUAUUGUCUUUGGACAUAGAUUGGCCGUAGACUGGAUCAAUCACAGUAGUCUCAGUCGGGUCAGAUGUGGAAUCAGGUGACUGUUUUAGUGUUUGGAGCCUGGACCCUUGCCCUUCCUUCUCAUCCGUUGCUGCGGCCUGCGAAGAAACGGGGUCGUCAAUGCUGGGGACAUUGGAAUAAGGACUCCAACUCUCAUCGGUACCAUUUCCAGCUCGCUGUGUAUUCUGGAUUGGUGUGUUUGGUUUGUAGCUGCCGGGAACUGUCUCGGCACUUGUGCGUUGCGAGUAGACUGGGUCGAUGAUCGAUGAUGAUGAUGAUGAAGAUGAAGACGAAGAAGGGUUCGAGUUCUGUCCUUUAGUGUCGUCCGUGCUGGAGCCGGAAGUUGGUUUCAUGAGAGUCAUUUUUUCCCACUAAAAAACACUGAAGUCCCC